AUGGCGUCAACAAGUACCUCCCCUGACGUACCGCUUCUCGACGCGUCGCGUCUCACGGUCACCGAUCAUAGUGGCGACGACUGGAGUGCCGAGCCUUCCAGCAUAUCCGACGAAGAAGAUUAUGAUGAGCUCAGGCCGGACCCGUCCGCUAUCGUUGAAGGCAGUAAGGGCGCGGGAGUGGAGAAAGAAGGGACCAUGCUAGCAGGAAAGGCCAACGCAUCCGUCAGCAGCGAGAGCAGCCCAUCGUACGAAGCUGUCAGAGCACCGUCCAUGAACGGAAAGUCAGAGGAGCUCCUGCGGUCACGGCGGAAGAGCGUACAAGUCAUCGUGGAGAGGACCAACCAAGGGCGGUACGUCCUCACCGCGGAGGAUCCGGAGAUACGUGAAGUGCUUCGGCAAGGCAUACAACGAGAAGCUGGAGACUCCGAGCAUGCGAGGAAGCAAAACCAGUUCCGAGACCUCAUAUUUACCCGGCGGUUCACCACAUUCGACCGGCAGAAUCCUGCGAGUUCGGGAUCGGCUUUCCAUGGCUUCUUCACGCUCUUCUGGCUGGUGAUGGGUGGACUGCUGCUCAGAGUAGCGGCGCAAAACUGGAGGGCUCAUGGCACCGUCUUCGGAGGAGCAGAGCUCCUGCAUAUGAUGUUCGACCGCGACCUCCUGGUGCUCGGUCUCACUGAUGGAGUCAUGUGCGGUGCAACAGCGUUCGGGCUGGUACUGCAACGGAUCAUACUGAAGGACUGGCUGCGCUGGAACAGCUCUGGCUGGAUAAUACAGAACGUUUGGCAGACAUUUUACCUCUUCGCCAUCAUCGGUUGGACGUGGUACCGGGAGUGGCCCUGGACUCAUACCAUCUUCACUGUGCUUCAUGCUAUGGUCUUCCUAAUGAAACAGCACAGUUAUUCUUUCUACAAUGGCUACUUAUCCCAAGUAUACCGCCGCAGAGCCCUUCUCGAGCAAAAGCUAAAGCGGCUCGAGAAGAUAGAACCAAUAGCGAGUCCGAUAUCACCCUCACACAGCCCUACUCGGGCGUUUUCGUUUACAUCAUUAGAUCAAUCAGGAAGAGAGGGUCUAUUACAACGCCGCCGCUCUAUCGAAUCAAAGACAUCAACAAACCUACGAACCGAGAAGUCUGAGAUUGCCGAAAUAGCCACCGCCAUCGAGUCCGGCCAGCCGCUCGAUCUCGACCAGCUGCAAGCCUUCGAGCAAAUCAUCCGCUCCGAGAUCCGCGUCCUUACCGAGGAACUCAAAGGCAAAUGCACCACCACCUCGAACAGCUACCCGAACAACCUGACCCUCUGGAAUUGGGCCGACUGGACGUGUCUGCCAACGCUGGUGUACGAGCUCGAGUAUCCCAGACAGGAGCACAUCAACUGGUGGUACGUCGCGGAGAAAACGGCAGCCACCUUCGGCGUCAUCUGGGUUAUGAUGGUGAUCUCGCAAGCCUACAUCUACCCGCCCGUCGCCGAGACAGUCCGGAUGAAGGAGGCCGGCUGGACGCUGCAGGAGCGCUGGAACGAGUUUCCGUGGAUCCUCAGCGACAUGCUGAUCCCGCUGCUGCUGGAGCAGCUGCUCUCCUGGUACGUCAUCUGGGAGUGCGUCCUCAACGUGCUAGCGGAGAUCACCCGCUUCGCCGACCGCGGCUUCUACGGUGACUGGUGGAACAGCGUCUCCUGGGACCAGUACGCGAGGGAUUGGAACAGGCCGGUGCAUAAUUUCUUGCUGAGGCAUGUUUAUCACUCGUCGAUCUCGGCGUUCCAUCUUAGCAAGAUGGCGGCCAUGUUUGUGACGUUUUUGCUCUCGGCGUGUGUGCAUGAGCUUGUUAUGCUGUGUCUCUUCAAGAAGGUCAGGGGAUACCUCUUUGCGAUGCAGUUGGCGCAGCUGCCGCUUGCGGCGCUGAGCAGGACCAGGCUGAUGAAAGGGAAGAACGUGCUGGGGAACGUCAUGUUCUGGAUUGGACUCUUCAUUGGGCCGAGUCUUUUGACCAGUCUAUACUUGAUCGUCUAG